AUGGAUCGUUUUAUGGAUGUUGGUAAAGAACCACGCAAACUUCUUCAGCCUAUCGAAGGUUACCGAUCUCUUUCGUUGGCUACACUUGAAGAAGCCAUCGAGCCGAUUGUAACGCUUUGUCCUGAUGUACAACGAAGGGCUUAUAUCGCGAAAGGCAACUGUGAUUCAUACAAAGAUGGCCUCACAGAGGACGAAUCUGCAGCUAUUUAUCUUUAUACCACUGAAUGGCUACCAGUUAAUCAAUGCCUCUAUGCCGUUCUGAACUCUGUUUUACGGUCUAAAAAUCGCGAUAAACUCAUUCAACCAUGGUUACCGUAUAUGAAGUUAUUAUUAACAGCGCUUUUUAAACUACCUGAUUUUAAUGGAACUGUAUGGCGAGGUGUUCGCCUCGACUUACGACUUGAAUAUAAAGUAGGCGCGACAAUUACAUGGUGGGGUUUUUCGAGCUGUGCUGAGUCAAUAUCAGUUCUAGAGUCAGAAUGCUUCCUUGGUCAAGAAGGCAAACGAACCUUAUUUAGUAUAAAAUGUUUUAAUGGAAAAAAAAUUCGUCAACAUUCUUCGUUUGAAGAGGAAGAUGAAAUACUUCUUCUUCCUGGCAGUCAAUUUAUUGUCGCAAGUCAUUUCCAACCAUCAAAGAAGGAUCCUGAAUUGAUUAUUAUUGAACUGAGGCAAGUAAAACCUCCAUUCCCUCUACUCGAAGAGCCAUCAAAGGAAAUUCCAUGUCCUACAAGCACUAAUGUACCUGAAAUAUCCGAAGAACCUCCUUCUAGUUCACUUGAAGAAUCAUCGAAGGAAAUUGCAUUACCUAUACGCACUUCUCUACCUCAAAUACCGAAAAAACGUCCAUCCAGUCUACUUGACGAAUCAUCGAAGGAAACUGCGUCUCCUACAAGCACUCCUGUCCCUCAAAUACCGAAAGAACGUUCAUCCAGUCUACUUGAAGAAUCGUCGAGGGCAAUGGCUAUUCCUACAAGCACUUCGAUACCUGGAAUAUCGGAAGAACGUCCACCCAGUUUACUUGACGAAUCGUCGAAGGAAACUGCGUCUCCUACAAGCACUCCUGUCCCCCAAAUACCAAACGAACCUCCAUCCAGUUUAUUUGAAGAACCGUCGAAGGCAAUGGCUAUUCCUACAAGCACUUCGAUACCUGGAAUAUUGGAAGAACCUCCAUCCAGUCUACUUGACGAGCCAUCGAAGGGCAUUAUGUGUCCUACAGGCACUUCUUUAGCUGAAAUAUCGAAAAAAGAUAGUCAAUUUGACGAACAAUCUCUUGCACCUGGUACCUACGAGAAGCUUUUUUGUAACGGUCGUCCUUGUGCUAACUGCGGCAAAUGCCGUGACUGGUACUUUACGGGUGAUCGAACGACUUGGGAUUGGAUCCGCAAUCUCGAAAAUUGGAGCAGAAGAGAUAGUAACUAUUGGUAUGAUAAUCGUGUUUGGGAAUCUUUUAAGCGUCGUGAUGCUACAACAUGUCGUCACUAUUUUCGUGGUUUUCUUUCUAAUGGUCUUGAUGGUCUUCGUUUUCAUUGUUUGUGUGCGGACAAUGUUUUCAAUUGA